AUGAAGAUCCAGACGCUAUGUUCGCUUGCCGCUGUGGGCCUUACCUUUGCUACACCGAUUCAUAACCGACAGGUUCCCAAGGGAAUAGAAUGCAUAGGCAAUGCGGCAAGGGAGAGGCUUAGUGUUGUUUUUGACCGCAUAAAUGGAGACGCAUCCAAAACCUCUGAUCUGCUUAACCAAUAUUCUGGCGACAUUAUUGCCAUGGUCGAAAAUGCGGAGAAUAAUGUACCAACUCCAUCUGACUGGCAGGAGCUUUUGGGUAAAAUGGGUCCCGAAUUUCUACAAUUCGCACAGACCACGACAAAGGACCAACUGGACAUUCUCAAGUCGGCUACCUCGGGAUUCGUUGCCGAUGCGCAACGCUGUUUGACGUCACUGGAGGCAUGA